AUGACUAGUCUGUAUCCCGGCCACGUUCCACUUUCGUUGGUUUCCCGAAUGCUACUCGGUGUAGGGUCGGCAGCAAUGGCGAUUACCGACCCCCGCCGAGGUGACAUGGUAGCCGCCAUGGGAGAAGCAACAGCGCUCGAAAGUGUUCUUGAGAAUAUUCGCCAACGAAUGGAAAGUGACGUAGUGGGCGCACGUCUCCUCAAAGAGCGCCCAAGGGUCAACAAUCAAACAGUGAAUCGUGAAUACCUUGAAUCGCUACCGGAUAACACAUUUGGAAAGCGAUAUGCCAAGUAA